AACUAUCGGCGGAAAUUACAAGGAGAUCGUUUAUCUCCUCCAGUCAUCUUCACCACUUCUUCCAGCAAAAUAGCUCCUCCAGUCCCCAAAUCACCUUGAAAUCAGAUCAAAAAUCAGCGAAAAUCAGUCAAAAAAACCUCGAAACAAUCACCUCUCUGCAGUAAUUCGUUUUCCUUCAAAAAUUCCCAUUAUUUGUUUAUGUUUAUUUACUGGAAAAGACCUCCAACUCCAAUUCGGUCGUCUUCUUUGGCGAGUUGAGGCCGCGCUCGGCUGCUGCUCUUCUUAAUCUCCUUCUCCGGCGAACUCGGUUGAGAAAUCGAGUGCCCUACUUCACGUUAGGUCCCUUAGAUCCUGUCAUCGUCGCCUUCUGCAAGAGAUACGACGUGACCCUCGGCCAGAUGCAUCCUUCCUUUUGGAGGAUAGUGAUUCUCCUCUGAUUCCUCAUAAGCAAAAUCAAGGGGUGUCUUUUCACCUUCGAUCACCUUAUGCGUCUUUACAGUCCCCGACUCUAUCAAGGGGGGCUGAUCAAGCUUGCUCGCCAAGACAACAAAGCCCCAUUCUCGAGCAUAGAUGAAGCUCGUGACCGAGGUUGGAUGGGCCGAUUUGUUCGAAUAAGGACUUCGGACCCGAUCCCUACUGAAGACAUGUCAUUUCCUGAGAAAUGGAACAUGCAUCUUGUGGCCCAGAUGCCGGAACUCAAGCAAUGGGUUGAGGGCCUGGUAUCGCAGAAACCAUACUCCGAGCGUGCUUGGAUGGAGCUAUCAAAGGGUCGAUGGGAGGCUCGCAAUCACGGUCUCGGUAAGGAUGUUGCAAUGAGGCCCCCAUCUGGCGACAAAGAAGUUCUUCCCCAACCACAUGCUCCGAAGCAGGCCAAGGAUAAAAAGAGAACGGGCUCCGAGUUCCUCGGGCUCGGAACAGAAAAAACCGGCGAGGAGGUCUCGCAAGCCAAAGGGGGACACCGAUGCUAUGACUUCGGACUCAAUUCGCUGAUUAAGGGAUGAGUCCGAAGAAGAAGAGGAAAAUAGUUCUUCACUUGUGGCCCGUGUGCGGGCUAAUGUUUUGAUACAAAAGUCUUCCAAACUGGCGGAGGUUGGUGAGGGAGCUUUGGUCGAAGUUCCUGAACUAGGAAGAGUUGAGGCCACUCCGUCCCAAGCCGAGAUGGUCAAAGGAGAGACCGGGGGUGAGGCUUCUCGGGCAGGGGAAGAUGUUUAGAGGGACGAGCUCGGGGUGGUCAAUAUUUUUGGAUCCCCUCAGAUUUCGGACGCUAUGAUCUGUGAGGCCAACAUGUUGGAAAGUCGAUCUUACGAGGGUAUUCAGGGGGCAACUGAUAUCCAUGCCUUUUUGGAUAGGCUUGAGUUCGCUGCCUCAGAGGAUAUUACCAGGUUUGGUGGAUUAUCGGUAUCGAAGAAAGUGCCAUCAUCGGGCACUAUCGGGUCUUCGUCGAGCCCAAAACUGGUGGAUCGAUUCUCGGCCCCGAGUGUUAACCCCGACCGUAGGCGGAAGAUAAUGCUUUCUAUCCCGGAGGAUGUCCGAAUUCGGGAGGUGCAUGAGGCUGAGGUUCGGGACCUCGUUGAGAAGAAUGACACCUACAAGCUUCUUAGUGAGAAGCUUCAGGCAAAUUUGGUAACGGUUCGGGAUGAGCAUGCCGAGAUGGCUGAGCAGGUAUUUCGAGUGCUUCACGAUAAUGAAGACGAAUUGGAGAUAACUACUAACGACCCGAUUCUGCAGGUCCGACAGAGGCUCGAACAAAUCGGACGGCUCCAAACGCAGGUGGAUGCAAUACAGGCUGAGGCGGAAGAAUUCGAAAAGAACACGGACAUCCUAGCCUCCAAAAAGGAGACCGUCCAAGCUCAAUUGGAGUCGGUCGAGGCCCAGCUCCAAGCUGCAAAAGAGAAGGCCUCGGUGCAAGUCGAGAAGAUCAAGGAACUUCAGUACCGAUUAGAUUUGGUCGUUUCUGAUAAGGCAAGUUUGGCCAAUGAACUCGAAGUGGCCAGAUCCGAGGUGGUCGUAGCUAGAUCUGAGGUGGCCAUAGCCAAUGAAAAAGCUGAUGCUAAAGUUGCCCAGUUUAGGGUUGAUGUCGAAGUUAACCAGGACAAGGCCAAGGGCAUGGUGAAACAUGCGAAAUGGCAGGCUCGAAGGGAAGCCCUCGAGGGGGUUCAGGCCCAGGGUUUCGAUAUCAAGGCUGAGAUUGAAAAUGCUAGAGUAUAGGAAGCCAGAGCCCGAAAGCUAGCCUCCCCUAAGGAAGACUCUGAGAAUUCAAGUGAAUCCAGGACGGAGAAGAUUCCGAGGAUGGAGAUGUGACCUCCGAUGGAGACCAAGCCUCUUAGGACUUUUUGUUUUUUCUUUUGCAUUUUUUCCGAGGCUGUUUUUGGUCGUCGUAAAUUUUUGUAUUAGGCCGAUUUGUUCUUUGUAAAAAACUAUUGUGUAUAAAUAUAAGGCUUUUCUUUCU